CGCAGGAAUCGCCAGCUAAAGGUCAAGAUGGCGCCUUGGGAGGAUUUUGAUUCCAUCUUUCAGUUCAACAAGGACUUUAGCUACGAUGGCAAGCUUAUUGAACAGAUCAUAUCCAAUCGCCGUGCUCUAGAGGAACGGCUUUUCGCAGACAGACUCUUGGGAUUGCUCGGCGUCAGAAAAGUCACACGUCUCUAUCCUCCUCGAUCCAAUGCUGACCUCCGUACACUGAUCGGGCACAUUGUAUCGUCUCCGCUCGACAUCCAUCACAAGCAAUCGUUGAUAUACUACAUUCUCAAAGAUUGCCGCGGCUCCAGCAACGAUGCGGCUACGCAGUUCUCGCGCCGGUGUCACCUGCCGGAGAAGUAUAGGCUAUUCAUAGACGGGUUAUGGAACCUUGAUAGAUUGGAUUUCAAACGAGCUGUCGAAUACCUGACCGAGCCCUCCAUUAUUCCCACAUUUCCCGACGAGAUCCUCUACGUCUUGACCCUUCCUCAUCUCCCCAAACAUGAUGACAGCCUCGUCAUGGCAUAUUACCUCACCGUGGCCCCGCCACUGGCCUCCGAGAAAGUGCAGAGAGCCUUCUUCAAAACCCUGUGCCGCGCAAGUAUUACCGAGGCUUUCUACUUCACGCGCAAGCACGAUGAAGAACUCCGCCGAAGAUACCUGGAGAAGCUCAUUGAAUUUGUCCUGUCAAGCGAGGCUGGCUCCGCGCGAAGUGCAAGGGCUAUGGAACUGAUUGGUCUUCCUUUCGAUGCGCAGGAGGAAGAGUGGUUCGAGGAGUCUCUACUCCGUGGAAAUGCGCGUGGGCUUCAAGGACACAGAGACACGGUCAUGAUGCGACGCCUGGCAACAGGGAGGCUGAAUACCCUGUCUACCGACCUUGAGUCGUUAGGUGGAGAGAAAGUCGAUGGGUUGAACUGGGACGUUCUGCGGCAAAGCCUGGCUCAAUCAAAACUUGUGUCAUCUACCAGUGGCGCCAAUCAGCAAACCUGAGGCACAUUGUCGGCAUCGGCUACAAUGCGGAUUGAAGCAAGUUAUUCGGAAGUUAUCUGGAGAAUAGGAGUUCACAUGGGGACUAAUGUAAUUUUAUGAUGCAUCGGGAUAUUGACUAGAGGCUACGGUGGCUCUGUUCCUCCUUUAUGGGCUCUUACUGUGCUUGAGACAAUCAGCAUCAGUAAUGACUACUAUCGACCUCGAGAAUCAGAACACAGAUGAAUAUGUACUCCGGAGUAAGGAAGUGAUGAGAGCACAUGAUAAUGUAUUUGCGGUACAAGCCAUACACGGCAACUGCUGGC